GGCGCCGCCAGGCGGAACCCUGCCUUUGCCGCCUGUGCUGAGGAAGCCGUCCGAUAGGAGGAGAACCGCAGGCUGAUGACAUGAGGGCGCCGUCUCCCGAGUGAUGGCAGCGCGCGCUGCCUCGCCGCCUCCGCCGCUCAGCCCCGGACUCCUUACGUCAGGGUAGCUGGGUCCCCCCUCCGCGCGGGAGCCAGCGAGCAGCAGGGAGAGCAGAGCAGAGCGCGCUGCAGAGCCAGGCGCCCUCACUGCACGCCGAGCCCGGCUGAGCCCUGCCGAGCCUCUCCGAGCCCAGCGGACAGAAGGAGAGCGCCGCGGAGCUCGAGCCCGACGCCACACCGCACCCGGCCCUCUCUGGCCGCAGCCACCCGGACCCGUGGGGCGCCAGGUUCAGCCUGCGCGCCCUCCGCCAUGAGCGCCGGGCUCCGCGGCUUUCCCAAGCAGCCCCAGCACGGCGGGCACCAGAGCCCGGGCCGGGGCGCCUCUCACUGAAGUAGUUGGGCGACCUGAGCAGAGGGUCGCCACGUCGGGGGCGCGGCCAGGACCCGCGGAAUCGGCCCCCGAGCGCUGGGAGCGGGGUCGCCCGCGCCGCCCCAACAUUACCUCCCCCGGAGGCAAGGAGGAGCUGGUGGCGGUCGCCUCCCGGCUGUGGCAGCGGCGGCGGCGAGCUUGCCUGGCGGCCGUCGGCGUGCUCCUGGCCAUGGUGCUCGGGCUGCUCAUCGCCGUGCCGCUGCUGCUGCAGGCGGCGCCCCCCGGCGCGGCGCACUAUGAGAUGAUGGGCACCUGCCGCAUGAUCUGCGACCCGUACACCGCCGCAUCCGGCGGGGGGCCCGCGGGCGCCAAGCCACAGCCGCCAGGACCCAGCACCGCAGCCCUGGAAGUCAUGCAGGACCUCAGCGCCAAUCCUCCGCCCCCCUUCAUCCAGGGACCCAAGGGCGAUCCAGGGCGACCCGGCAAGCCGGGACCGCGGGGUCCCCCUGGAGAACCGGGCCCCCCUGGACCCAGGGGUCCCCCGGGGGAGAAGGGCGACUUGGGGCGGCCGGGGCUGCCAGGGCUGCAGCUGACGGCGGGCGCGGCGGGAGGCGUCGGGGUGGCGGGCGGCGGAGCCCCGGGCGGCGGCGACUCGGAGAGCGAGGUGACUAGCGCACUGAGCGCCGCCUUCAGCGGCCCCAAGAUCGCCUUCUACGUCGGUCUCAAGAGCCCCCACGAAGGCUACGAGGUGCUCAAGUUCGACGACGUGGUCACCAAUCUCGGCAAUCACUACGACCCCACCACCGGCAAGUUCAGCUGCCAGGUGCGCGGCAUCUACUUCUUCACCUAUCACAUCCUCAUGCGCGGCGGCGACGGCACCAGCAUGUGGGCGGAUCUCUGCAAGAACGGCCAGGUACGGGCCAGCGCCAUCGCGCAGGACGCAGACCAGAACUACGACUACGCCAGCAAUAGCGUAGUGCUGCACCUUGACUCGGGAGACGAGGUGUACGUGAAGCUGGACGGCGGGAAGGCGCACGGAGGCAACAACAAUAAGUACAGCACGUUCUCGGGCUUUCUCCUGUACCCGGACUAGAGGCGCGGGGAGCGCAAAGAGGGUGGCUCCAGGCCGCCCAUCCCCGCUGGGGCGCUCGGCUUCCUGCCGAGGGCUACUCUCGCUUCAUGACACUUCCUGACAUCUCAGUUGGAAAAGACAGACACUUCCCUACUCUCCUCCCUGCCCCGCCCCGGACUCCUCGUGUCUGCGACUCACGGCUUACUGCUCUCUGAGCUGUGCCCCCCACCCCGUCCGGUCCCCAACCCGGGGAGAGGGACAGCGGACGCCCAAAUGGAGAGCUGAGCGUGGGAGAGCUGAGCGUGAACCUAAGCCCCUGGGGUGGGGACACAGACUCCGCAAACAUGAUUGGACUGGACAAGGGGGGGGAGGGGGGCGCCUACCCUCUUCAGGUCCUCUUCCGGCCUGAGGCCUAGGGCUCUGUGCCCUGGCAAGGGAGGUAGGCCAAAGCCAGCACGGCCUCCCUGGGGGCGUCCUUCCUUGUGACCCGAAAUACUUGUGCGAAUUUCCCUGUCCAUCUGCCAAAAACCCACCCGCAGCAGAAUCCCAGCAAAGGAAAAUUCACUUCUCCACAUUGCACUCCCAGCUCAGCCUCACCGCGCUGCAUUAAACGAUGUUUUUAGACCUGGGCUCUGAAGUCUCUGUCAUCGUGGCCCUUGGAGCAGACAACAGAUGCCCACCUUGACAAAAAGACCCCAACUGGGUCUAGAAUAGCCCCAUCUAUGCCCCGACUGGCCAGCCACUGGCUUGUCACUGCCUACCUGCGGUGGGUGAAGAGAGAGAGAUGGGAAUACACCACCCACCCUUUAGGGAAGAUUCUCCCCUGGGCUGCAGCCCUGAGCUAGAUGGUACUAUGGAGGGUCAUGGGGGGGGGGGCGGAGUUAGAGCAUGACAGGAGAGAAAUGGUCCGGUCUCCAUCUUCUGGCAACUUAUGCAACUUUGUGCUGGCCUCUUUGGGAAGCCGGCAGGGGUAGGAAUUCCUGGGGAAGGAAGGGAGAGGAGCAGUUCUGCAAAAUGGGAGGCUGAGGAAUGGGAGAGCCCUCUAGCAGGUGUUUGGCUCUCAACAGGAUGUGCAGAAAUCCUGUGAACACAUUCACUGAGGCACAGAGCUCAUUCAGCACAGGUCCACUCCCUCCUGCUCCAGCUGAGUGCACAUCCCUCAAAAGAGGCAAGCCUGUAGGGCAGCCAGCUCUCUUGUUCCACCUCGAAUUGGGUGAUGAGAUAGACACCAUCCCUCAGGGAAGGACACCCUCCUCUGGGGUCUCUCCUUCCCCUUCCAGGGGGUGUAGGGUCCUGCUCUGAACCUGAAUAUGCUUGUCUGGGCUCCUCCCUUCACUUCCCUUUGGUAUCCAGCACACACAAGUUAGCAAAACACCCCACAUGGUUCUGAUUUUCUUCUUUUCACACUUUUUGGUUGUUGUUAGGUCAUAGAGUUCCCACAACAAAAAUAACCAGUUAGCAGCCUGUUAGCGCUUACUGAGCUCAUUUGACUGGCCAGUUGUUCGAAAGGAAACGUGUGCCAGUGUGUGUACACAGAGGCAACCCCACGGUGUGCACGCAGAGUGUGCAGAUCUGUACAAAGCUGGAUACGUGUGUAUACACACCCAGGUGGCUCAUGUUACACACACGUGCAUACACAUGUAUGCGUCGGUCCGUGUUGGUUUUGUAUGUGACAGCGCUCCAGUCUACACGUCUGCCCCCAAAUCACAUACUGCUUGACUUUGGUCCCUAACCCACCAGAGGAUGGAAAAGCUGUGCUUCCAUUUACAAGACAAUUACACCCCCUGCUUGGAGUCCUGUCGCUACUCCUCUUUAUGGUCCAAUUUUAUUUGAAUAAUGUUUUGUUGUCAUUCACUUGAAUAUGAGCAAUGAUUGCCUCUGCUUUGAGUCCAGGGGUAAAAUGUGCAAAGAGAGCUGGGGGGGAAAAAUAUAUAUAUAUAUAUACACAUAUGCACACACACAACCUUCCUCCCAGUUCCAGAUCCAAACAGAACCCCAAUACCCUACUCCAUCCUCCACAGUGAUUGUUGAUUCCAAACCCAGGUGGGCCCAGAAAUGCGGGUGAUCAGAGUAGGGGCCCAUCUACACUUGCACACACGUAUCACUUUCUGAUGCCUGUUGAUUGUAUCAUCCAGAAAUUCGAUUAAAACCAAAUAUCUAAGGCCUAAAUGAAGUCUAAUUGCUAUGGCUCUGCAAUCCCCAGCAGGCCCCUAAUCCUUUUUGACUUAUUCCUCCCCUUCCUCCGAUGAGAUGGAGCUUAGACAGAAAGCCCUAGGUUUAAAUUUCAAAAAUUAAAAUUGACAUGCAGUGGUGGGUUUCUCCAGGAGUGGGAGGAAUGUCUAAGGAGGUGCCCAAGCCCAGCUUUAUCCUCUGCAUUAAGAAACAAUUUGUACUUCUAACAAAGCCCCGGCCACUCCCCUUCGGCAGAAGGGCAGUAGAGACAACUUGCAGGGGCCUGGCUGCUCACAAUACUUAGACAAAUUUGAAUCUGAGAUUCCCCCGUCUGUAUUCCCCGGUGCAGCUGGGAUUCUUGCAAUUCUAAUGCCGGGGCUGCCAGGAGGUACUGCCAGAGGUGUCAGCAGCUAAGAGGAUGAUGGAUGGGUGAGGUGAUCGUGGGAGGCUGGCCGAUGGCAGGAACUCACCAGCUCAGGAGCAACCUCUCUCUGUGUCUGCACACUUCCCGUGUCCCAGGGAGGCCCGCGCCCCUCACUGAAGUUCAUAUUCUAGUUAUCUUUCUGGAGGACUCCCUGACAAGGGUGGGGAGGCCAGCUUCCCCCCAUUACUGCCUUUGUGGUGUUGGUGCCCUGAGUCUAGAGGUGGGUAGGGAAUGCAAGAGGCCCUUUGCCCCAGACAUUUCCCAUUCUUGUCUCUGGUUGAGUAGGGAAUCACCACCAAUUGUAAUUAUAAAGCCCUGUUUUAAUUUCCUCAUUGCUUUGGGUGCAUUUUCUAAUUGUAUUCCUAGGUUGGGAUGGUCAUAGUGAUGUCUUCCAGAACUUGGAAUAAGCAUUAUUAUUAUGUCCAUGUGAGUGGUGGGGAAAUUGGAGCUCAGAGGGGUUAAGUGACCUGCCCAAGUUCACAAAGCUUACAAGAGGCUCAGGUGGGACUUGAACUCAGGUCUCCAGGCUACGCCGACACAGCCUGGCUCUGCUGGAAAGAAUCCCAGGGUUCUCAGCCUUUGAACCAGGGGAGGAGGACAAAUGGGUGGGGCACACUUCCUAUUUCCUCCUCUGAUGCAGAAAGUCUCAGCCUCCUCUGAAGGCCAGGCAGGAAGUGCUAGCUCUACUCCUUUGGCCUGGACUGCUCCGGGGUCCUCAGAGUGCACCCCUUAUAGAGGCUCCAACUCCUGAGGAAUAUGGCUGAAUAUUUUAGCCAUGAAGCCUAUACUGACGGCCCAGCAGGACCCUUAGAUCACAAACUCUAAAUGAUCCAUUUGGAUCUGCCUGUCUGCAUCAGCAAGCCACCCCUCCUUCGCCCCCACAACCCUUCUCCUUAGGGCCCACUGACCACCUUCUCCUAUAACAGCUCCCCUUCUCCCUCUUGGCAGUGGGGAGGGGGCAUCCCCUUCAAGCUUUGGUUGCGUGGGAGUACUGGUCCACCUGCGUGGGGAAAUAGCCCUUUUCUCAUUCCUAGGCUUGGGCAUCUCUGUGACUCCCUAAUUUUCAGGACUGUCUGAGUGUAUGCCAGGAGUGCUGGAGACACACACUUGGCCCUGCAGUUCGGAUGGACGUCGUGCUUCCUGUGACAUUCCUCUCCCAGCCUGUGAGCAGACAGCUCUUGUGGAAGGCCAAGACAAAGUUGCAGGCUCACCUCUCCACCCGGCUCUAACGACACCACAUUGCAGAGACCAGUUGCUCCAAGCUUCCAUGAUCAUGAAGCUCUAAUUGGUUAAACAGAAUAUGAGCACUCCUACCCACUAUAUGUAUUUUAUUUAUGAAUCAUUUGUGUAUACUACUGUCAAUCCAAACUUCUAAAUUUUCCAUCUUUUUGUAUUUAUAUUCAUUAAAGCAUCUGCCCAUUCAAGUCAGUGUCUAUA